AUGGGCAAGUCUCGUCUUUCUUGUGCACCAUCUCCUCCGCGUGGUUUUCGCUUGCCAGUUCAACCAGAUUUCUUUCCAAUGCUUGGCCAUAUGCUUUGGACCUGUCCUUUUUCAAGCCAGACGGGCCAACAUGACACAAAUGAAUCAGGUUAUAAGCUUACCCAUGCAUUGUAG